AUGCUGAAAAAAAGAAUUCAUGAGAAUCUACUAGAGAACAAUAGAGAUAAAAUUCAAAAGGUGGAAAAACCAGUUGCAAGGAGAAUACUUAUUUCUUCCAAAAAUAAGAAACCAGAGAAAUCUACUCUAUCUUUGGACACAAUGAUGUCAAAAGCUGAAUGCUCUAAAAAGCUAAACAGGGUGCCAAAAUGCCCAUCAAUGUUGAUUGAUGAUUAUGUAGAUCUUCACAAGUCAAAGGAAAUGGAUGCAACCAAGUCAAACAAUGGAGAAAAACCGGGCAGCAGCGUUAACCGUAGUUCUAAUCAAAAUCAGCCAAAAAAAGGAACUCGACAAGAAAGUGUUCAAAAUCGGGCAAAAGUCAACGAAGAAGAUGCAAUCAUAAAUAGAGAAGAAGAAAAAGAAACAUCCCAAAGAAAAACUCGUGGGAAAACUUUGUGCAAAAAGAUUCAUGCAAGAACUUUGGAAGAGCGAGUAGAAGUGACCUUUAAUGAGAAUUUUCAGCCAAUUGGAAUGCCAUAUGAUAAUAAAAACCGUUUCUGGAGAUAUACUAAUCGGAAGUUUAUCUUGCCGGUUGAAGCACGAGAUUGGAUUGAGACCACUGUUAGAGAGGCAUGGAGAAGAUAUAAGCACAAAAUUAAGAAGAAUCAUUUUUUGAAGUAUUCCAACAUGACCGAGAGACUCAAAAAUCGUCCGCCAAACGUGCCAAUAGCCCAGUUUAAGAGUCUUUGUGCUUAUUGGAGUAAGGAAACUAUACAAGCAAUCAGUGAAAAUAACACUAGAAAUAGAGCUCAACUAAAGUGGAUGCAUCAAAUGGGUCCCAAAAACUUUGUUUUGACUCGUGAAAAAGUGGUAACUUUCUUUUGUUCUCAAUAA